AUGCCUAACAAACGAACUUUGUUACGAUUGCAAACAACUAUACCAGUUUUGAAAACCCAAAUGGAAGAUAAUAAUUGCAUUGUAGAAACAAAUCAUGGGCCAAUAUGUGGAUAUAUUGAUAGGUCAGAAGAAGGCACAUAUUACAAAUUCAAAAGAAUUCCAUAUGCAAUGCCUCCACUUGGUAAUCUGCGAUUUAUGCCACCUACUCUAACGAAGCCAUGGACGGACAUACUCGAUUGCACCCAAGAGGCGCCUUUACCUCUCAGCAUGAAUUUCAAUGAUGAGGCCACAGGAUCAGAGGACUGCUUAUAUAUUGAAGUAUCAAGUCCAAAUAUAAAACCUAAUAAACUAAUGCCAGUCAUGUUCUGGAUAGGAAAUUGUAACUAUUGUUACUAUAUAGAUAAUAUUUGCGAUCCAACGCUUAUUAACACUCAGGAUAUAGUUUUUGUAAGAUGCGGCUCUAGAUUGGGUCCUAUGGGGUUUCUCUCGAUAAACGAUAUCAUCGCACCAGGCAAUAGUGGGUUGAAAGACAUAAUUAUGGCCUUGGAGUGGGUACAAAAAAAUAUAAAUAAAUUUGGUGGGGACCCUGGGAAUGUAACGCUAUUUGGUAGUAGCACGGGGGCCUCCACGGUACAUUUUAUGAUGCUAUCUCCUAUGGCCACGGGGUUAUUCCAUAAGGCUAUCAUGCAAAGCUCAACUGCUCUAAAUAGAUGGUCACUAGCAAAAAAUCCAACACAAUGUACCAUCGAACUCGCAAAACAUUUGGGUAUAACUAAAAAAGACAAAUUAGAAAUUAUAGAAGAAUUAAAAAGUAUGCCAGCACUAGUCAUUAUGGAAAAAUACGCGGAAUUGUUACGCAGUUCUUGUAAAGACGCAGAAGGAGAAACAUUUGAUGCUAUGUUUAAACCGUGCGUUGAAUCAGAGUUUGAAGGGCAACCUGUGUUCCUUAGUAAGAAUCCCGCGAUGAUAAUAAAAUCUGGUAACUUUAAUAAAGUGCCCAUUAUAAUUGGUAGUAAUAACAUCGAAGCAUCUGUACUUCAAUACAUAAAGAACGAUUUUUACGCUGAUUUCGACAAGUAUAAUAAGGACGUAUCCUUAUUAGUCCCUAAAUCGCUAGCCCUAGAUGAGACUUUGUCUAAAAAAAUUGGGCAUCAACUUAAAAGUUUUUACUUUAGAGGUACAGAAAAUUUAAAUGAGCAUACAAGAACGCAAUAUUUGCAACUGCUUAGCGACUAUUAUUUUUUGUACUAUGUAAAUAAGACAGUCCGUUCACACAGUAUCGUAGCACCGGAAUAUCCAAUAUAUUACUACAUAGUAAAUUAUGCAGGAGAGUGGUUUGUACCGAAACAGUUAGACUUCCUCAACUCUAUAGGGCAUUCGGCGGAACUUUCAUUUUUAUUCCGCUUCAAAAUGCCAAACGCAGCGUUUUGCGAAGGAAGUCGGGACUCAGUAACCACGAGAAAUAGAGUAAUUAAAAUGUGGACGAAUUUUGCUAAGUAUGGCGACCCAACCCCCGAUGAAGACGAUGCACUAUUGCAAAUAAAAUGGGAACCAGUUGUAAAUGAGAAUAGAUUGAAUUAUCUAAGCAUCGGUUCAGAACUGACUAAAGGGCGAAAUCCUUUCUAUGAAAGAAUGCUAUUUUGGGAAAAAUUACACAAAGAACAUAUGUUUCUUAGGACGUUAGUUUAUUUCAAUGAAAUAGGCGUUGCGUUU